AUGUCAAAGAAACAAGAAGUUAACGCUAAAUUAUUGGGUAGGAAAAGAGAAGUUCAAGAAACAGAUGUUACUGACUCAAUCCUUUUACAAAAGCCUGUUGUUAGAAGGGAAGAUAGCAUUGAAACAUUCAUGAAAGAAUUGAAAACUGAAACCACUGAUGAAAGAUCAGAAGUCAUGGAAGAAUGUCUUAAAUUAUUGCAUGAAAGAAAAGAUUGGGUAUUAAAAAAAGCAGAGCAUUUGAAAUAUUUGAAUAUGGCUUUCAGCUUGCAAUUACCUUCUAAUAUGAGUGUCUUGGAUGCUUCACAACCUUGGUUACUCUAUUGGAUUGCCAAUUCAUUAAGCGUAUUAGAUAAUAAAACUGAUAAUUUGACUGAUGACUUUCGUACUAGAAUUGUAGAAAAAUUAAAUGCAAUCUCUCCGGAUGGUGGUCCAUAUAGCGGUGGUAUAGGUCAAUUGGCUCAUAAUGCAAGUAAUUAUGCGGCGAUUAAUGCAUUGGCUCUUUGUGAAAAUAUAAACGAUUGUUGGGAUAAAAUUGAUCGAGAUGCAAUUCAUGAUUGGUUAUUAAUGUUAAAGCAAUCUAAUGGUGGGUUUAAGACAUGUCUUGAAGUAGGUGAAAUUGAUAUUAGAGGUGUCUAUUGUGCAUUAAGUAUAGCUUCGUUAUUAAAUAUAUUAACUCCGGAAUUAACUGAUGGUGUUCUUUCUUAUAUUAUUUCAUGUCAAAGUUAUGAAGGUGGAUUUGGAGCAACUCCGCUAACAGAAGAAUCUCACGGUGGUUAUACGUUUUGUGGGGUUGCAUCUUUAGCCAUAUUAAAUGGAUUAGAUAAGAUUAAUAUAAAUAAAUUAUUACAAUGGUGUAGUUCUAAACAAUGUUCUGAAGAAAUGGGAUUCUGUGGUAGAAGUAAUAAAUUGGUAGAUGGGUGUUAUGGAUUUUGGGUUGGUGGAACAUGUGGCAUAUUAGAAGCUUAUGGUUAUGGUACUUUUAUGAAUAAAAAAGCAUUGAGAGAUUAUACGUUGGCAUGCUGUCAAAGUAAACAUCUUCCUGGAUUAAGAGAUAAGCCUGGUAAAAAGCCUGAUUUUUAUCAUACCAAUUAUGCCUUAAUAGGGUUAGUCUGUACUGAAAGUGAAUAUUCCAUUACUACUGAGAGAAAAAUAUCUAAUGAAUCAUCUUUGCAUAUUACAUCUGAACCAAACAAAUCACUACCAAAUUCACAUUGUUCUACUGUUAAUCCUGUUUAUGGAUUACCAAUAUCAUCGGUUACUGCAUUUUCAAAACAUUUUAGAUAA